GUGCAUCCGACGCCGAAUCCGCACACCGACGCACCGCCAGACACAGCGACGGCGGCCCUAUCGGGACAGCCGCGGCGCCCCGCCGGCCACCGGCGAGUGGCCUGCCAGGCGCCCAUCGGCGCGGCGCUCCCGGCAGCUGCGAGACUCAUUCCUAAAAGGCGUAGGCACAGCGUUCAGAUGCUUCCGCGUGCAUGUUGCCCGUCGCUGUCGACCCUCUCCUUUGUUGCCCGCCACGCUCUGGCCACGGCUGCCUCACUUCCUUUGAACUUCGGGUGGCACGUUCCCAGGAGCUCCUGCCUCGACGCGUCCCGGUCCCAGUGUUCGGGGCGCUGCGCACGAGCCCGUCGCAGUGCACUGUAUCAUGUUCCCGAGCUGCACCGCUCUAUAUCGCUCAUUUUCUCGGGCCUUAACUGACGGCAUAUACCGCAGUCCCUCUGCUUGCUUGAUAGCUGUUCGUCGACGUCCUGUCGAAUUUUGCCAGUGCCUGGCCAGUGCAACUUGCUCUUGAGAUGGCGCGGCGCCCCACCGCAGCCCCUUUGUGCGAGACUGGGCUCCUAAUAGGCUGCCCACAGACAUCAUCCACCCCCUG